ACACACCUUCGUUGCGACGUACCCACAUAACUAUACAAUAUUUACAAUCAASGAUCCUUGCUUAACCAUAAUACUAUAAGCACAUACAAGUCGUAUAAGAUACAUACACUAUGGACUACGAAAAGGACAUUGAGAGCAGCCAAUCAAUAAAUGGCAAUAUUUUGGAAGAAAUUUCUCAACCAGAUUUGCUGUGCCAUGCAGUUGAUUCUCAAGUGGCAAGUAAAAUACAUUUAGACAUAAACCAUUCAUUGUCAUUUAGUAAUGCUUCUUGUGAACAUUUUAAUAUACAAGAAGAAGAAUGCGCUUUUUUAACAAAUAAUCUUCAAAGUGUUCAUCUGACACGUGACAACCCAUUAUCCAUAAAUCUUCCUUCACGGAGACGUCGAUUGAUACCCAUCAACAAUAAAGCUAAUGAUUAUGAUUAUGAAUCAAGUUCUGGUAGUGAAUUCAGUGACAAUACUGAUAGAUUCUUAAAUGUGGACCUAGGAAACAAAUCAAUACCAGAGUUAACAGCUGAAGAAGAAUUCAAAGAUGAACGUAACUGGAGAUCUUCUACGGUAACUGGUGUUGUUAGUAAGAUUGAUAUGAAAGUAAUAGAGCCUUAUAAGUGUGUGCUAUCACAUGGUGGUUACAUGACAACUGGUUCACACAAUGCUAUUAUUAUAUUUAGUGCAUGCUAUUUACCACAUCGUGAUCGUGUAGAUUACAAUUAUGUUAUGAAUAAUCUAUUUGCAUAUGUAGUUUCAACUUUGGACCAACUAGUUACAGAAGACUAUGUUCUAGUUUAUCUGCAAGGGGGUACUUCUAAGGAUUGUGUUCCUGGUUUCUCUUGGCUAAAACGUUGUUAUAAGAUGAUYGAUAGAAAACUAAGGAAAAAUUUGAAGUUUUUGUAYUUGGUUCAUCCAACGUUUUGGUUAAAAACGCUUGUAUUAAUGAUCAAACCAUUUGUAAGCUCAAAAUUUGGUAGCAAAAUACAUUUCAUUAACAGUUUAGAUGAACUCUAUGACUGUGUGCCUGUYGAAAGAGCUAGUAUACCAGAUAGGGUAAAAGAAUUUGAUAGUUUAAAAUCAAAUUCUAACAAGUAGUAUUAAUCUAACCAUAUAAGUAUUUACUAAAAUUAUUACUAUUGUUUUAAGUUUUUUCUUAUACCUAUGUACUAGCCUACUUCUAUCAGUUUGCAUUAGCUUAAAGCUUAGGAAAAUAACUAGGUACUCAUUUUAUAAUAAAUUGUAAUAUUUAUCAUUUAUAUUUUUUAUUUUUCAUAUUCAAUAGUAAUGUUAUUAAUUUUUAAAAACUAUAGUUAAAUUAAGAUGAUUUUUUUACAUCUUAUAUUGACUAAUAUUACUCAUCAUUUCAUAUUCUUAGUUUUGAAAAAUUGCAUAACAAAACUCUAAUAAUAUCCUUGUUCAACACACUCAUUGCAAUAGUUUUCAAACAGUACAAUUAAAAAUAAAAUAAAACUUAGUAAUUUACAUAAGUUUUGUUAGUAUUAAUAUUACGCUAAAUUGCACAUCAAACCUUAAGUAUUGUCUAAGUUUUCUGAGUAUUAAAUUAAAGGUUUGAAUUAGUAUUAUAAAUAUACCUUAUACAAUGUUGUAACCUCAAGAUUUGUUAAUAGGUAAAUUUACAAUGAUAUUAAAACUAACAAAACUAAAUAAUUUGAACUUAAAUGUUCAAUGUACAAUGAAGAAUACAAACAUAGAUAUAGCAUUUAUCAAGACCUUAAAAGUUACAAUUGCUUUUGCUAUAAUUAAUAUUAUUUUUAAUUUAAAAUAGUCAUUAAUAUUAUCAAUUUCU